AUGAGGAGAAAGCAGUGAAACAAUAGCCAAAACCUGGGGAGAACAAGAGAAGAGCGGGGCAGCUUGUCAGGGGAUGCUAGGUAUACAUGGUGCUGUCCAUGGUGCUGAUCUGCUGCGGCGACGUCGUGCCCGUGGUGCUGUCCGUGGUGCUGAUCCUAGAGGCGCUUCCCUCCCGACGCUCCUUUUUGCCUUCUUGUCCUCCGGCGGCAAGACGGACGGGGGGGCGGUUACUUCACUGCGUAAGGACGUCGCGCAAGGAGAGAGAAAGGGGGAGGAAAUGAGGAAGGGAGAAGGCAAGCUGGAAGAGGAGGAGGAGGAGGGCAGAAGGAGAGGCAGGCCGAGAGCGAGAGAGCGAGAGAGCGAGAGGGAGGGAGCGCGCGAGAGAGGCGGAGAGGAGCCGGGCGAGCAUUUAAAGCGACAGCCCAGCCUCUGUCCACGCAGUGCUGAGCGCGGCGUGGAGGGGAGCGAGCGCUCCGACGGCAGGGCUCCGAGAGCGGCUGGGUCUCCCUCCUCUUCCUCCUCCCUCCCUCCCUCCCUCGGGGGAAACCUCCUUGGAGACCCUUCCUGGCAGCCCUCCCUGGGACCGGCCAUGCUCGGCGGGGGGCUGUGGGCGCUGCUGGGGGCGCUGCUGUGGGCUGGGGGCCCUUGCGCCCGGGGCCAGGAGACCUACGCGCCCCACUCCAUCCGCCUGGAGGGCGACAUCACGCUGGGCGGCCUCUUCCCGGUCCACGCCAAGGGGCUGGGCGGGGCGGGGGCGGCGGGGGCGGCGGGGGAGGGGGGCGGCCCGUGCGGGGACAUCAAGCGCGAGGCCGGCAUCCACCGCCUCGAGGCCAUGCUCUACGCGCUGGACCAGAUCAACAGCGACCCGGAGCUGCUUCCCAACGUGACGCUGGGCGCGCGCAUCCUGGACACCUGCUCGCGGGACACCUACGCGCUGGAGCAGUCGCUCACCUUCGUCCAGGCCCUCAUCCAGAAGGACACCUCCGACGUGCGCUGCACCAACGGCGAGCCGCCCGUCUUCGUCCGGCCCGAGAAGGUGCUCGGCGUGGUCGGCGCCGCCGGGAGCUCCGUCUCCAUCAUGGUCGCCAACAUCCUUCGCCUCUUCCAGGUAGGAGACGCCCCGCCCGCCGCCCGGGCUUUGGCUGUUGGAACAGUUUUCCAAAGUGAUCUAGGGGGUUAUAACUGGUUGUGUCAUGUCACUAUAGUUUUAGAUUUGUAUGUUGUGAGUUUUAAAUGGUACCGUUUUUACUUUGCCUCUCAAAGUAAAGAUUGAAUAGGAAUAUUACUACUGGGUUGUUGUGAGUUUUCCGGGCGGUAUGACCAUUUUCCAGAUGCAUUCUCUCCUGACGUUUUGCCCACAUUUAUGGUAGGCAUCCUCAGAAAUGCGAGGUCUGUUGGAAACUAGGAAAGUUGGGUUUAUAUAUCUGUGGAAAAUCCAGUUUGGAAGAAAAAGAACUCUUGUCUGCUUGAGGCAAUUGUAAAUGUUACAAUGGGCCACCUUGAUUAGCCUUGCACACUCAAAGCCUGGCUGAUUCCUGCCAGAGGGAAUCCUUUUUGGGAGAUGUUAGCUGGCCCUGAUUCUUUCCUGUCUGGAAUUCCCCCGUUUUCUGAGUGUUGUCCUUUAUUUCCUGUUCUGAUUUUGGAGUUUUUUUUAAUACUGGUAGCCAGAUUUUGUUCCUUUUCAGGGUUUCCUCCUUUCUGUUAAAAUUGUCCACAUGUUUGUGGAUUUCAAUGGCUUCUCUGUUUAGCCUGACAAGGUAGUUGUGAGAGUGGUCCAGCGUUUCUGUGUUCUCAAAUAAUAUGCUGUGUUCAGGUUGGUUCAUCAAGUGCUCUGCUAUGGCUGACUUCUCUGGUUGGAUUAGUCUGCAGUGCCUUUCAUGUUCCUUGAUUCGUGUUUGGGCAGUGUUGCGUUUUUACAACCUUACCUAUGUACACUUGUCCACAGCUGCAUGGUAUAUGGUAGACUCCUGCAGAGGUGAGAGGAUCCCUCUUGUUCUUUGCUGAAUAUAGCAUUUAGUGGAUUUUCUUAGUGGGUCUGUAGAUAGUUUGUAGGUUUGUAGCCUGUCAGUAUUGAAAAAACUUCUCAAAUAGGACAGUAGAUAAAGAACAACAGUCUGAAAACUGGGGAAUUCCCGACAUGAAACAAUCAGGACCAGCUAACACCUCCCAACAAAAGACUCCCUCUGGCAGGAAGCAGCCAGGCUUUGAAUCUGCGAUGCCAUUAAAUGCUAAUCAAGAUGAUCAAUUGCAAUGUUCACACUUGCCUCCAACAGACAAGAGUUCUUUCUCCCACCCUGGACUUUACACAGAUAUAUACACUCACCACUCGCCUAAUUUCCAACAGACUUCACAACCUCAGAGGAUGCCUGCCGUGGAUGUAGGCGAUACGUCAGGAUAGAAUGCAUGGCCAUAGAGCCCGGAAAACUCACAGCAACCCAGAGAUUCCGGCCCUGAAAGCCUUCGACCACGCAAUACUACUGUACUACUACUUAUAGUAAUCAUAAUGGCUCGGAGGGACAGCCUUCCAGGGGACGCUUCGAGCAGCAGGUGGUUGUCAGCGCGGAGAGCGCUGGGUUCUCUUGGAGGAGAGGGAAGGAGAGGCUGAGCCUGCGUGGGGCUCUCUGGACGCGUGUCUCUUGGUACAGUCUCUCGGGGGAGGGAGAACGAGACCAUCCAGGCUCAGCGCUCUCUCCACCCCGAGGCUGAUAUUGAGGCAUGUUAUAUAAGCGAGAAGAAGACACACACAUACACACCACGGCCGCUCUUCUGAGGAGAGCGACUCCCAGAUCUAAAGUGAGGCACUCCCAGUUCCGUGUAGUUAUGGUUAUUCCCCUCCCUUCUUGUGGUUCCCUUUCCCUGUAAACUCCCCCCACUUGCCAUUCUUUUGCUCCCCACGCUCCACGCCUGGUUUUGCCCGCAUUUCUGGUCCCAUUUUCGACAAUCGGGGGCGGGAGGGAGGAGCAGAGGGAGACUCAGGGUGAUAAGGAAUGGACUCUGCCUUCGCGGGGGCCUGGGCACGACUCAUGGGGACGCCUCCUGUCUCUCUGAGGCGCAACCGGGAGGAAAGGGUCCGGGCUGCGGUGCAUUCAAGCGGGGCCCUCCUUCUCCGUGACGUCACCGCCUCUUCUCCCUGAAACCCGCCUUUUCCCUUUUCGCUCAGUGCGAAACGAGAGCCCCGGAAUGCGAGCUUGUGCAGACUGAACGAGACUGAAUGGGGUUUGGCUGGUAAAGGGGGCUCUCCGAAAGGAAUUCAUCCGUAGCCUGGGGAAACUUGGGAAAGAGGGAAGCCGGAUCAAGGUCCUGGGCGAGCGCCUUCCACGUCUCUCUCUCUCUCUCGGGAUGGGAUGGGCGGAGGAAACAGGGAGGAGGGGAGAAUCGCACCGCCGCCCCUCUGCCAGGCUGCCCGUGUUGCUGCAAUCCCUUGUUUCGUUUGUGGGGAGAAAGGAAGAAGCUCGGCAUAUGUUACUCCUCCUCCCGCCUUUUCGCCCAAACUAGACCAUCUUCAAAUCGGAAAACAGAAUUUGGCAGCUUCAUGCUCGCAGGUUGCAUUAAACUAGCAAGUCUCUCUUUGGCACUAAGUUGGGCUUUCAGGUUGAAAAGUUCCCAACGCAAACGGGAGCAACAACGGCUUGCUUUAAUAUAUAUUAAUAUUAAUAUUGCUUUAAUAUAUAUAUUAUAUUAAUGUGUACAAUGGGUUACUGUGCGUUUUCCGGGCUGCAAGGUCAAGAACAAGCCAUGAGAAGACAAAGAUCCACCCAGAUGAAAAGUGUUCUUACCAUACAUCACUGCAUAGGUAGGCUGAUGAAGAAACACAACCUACAAAUUAUCUACAGACCCCACAAGAGGUUGUGAGGUAUGGAGAAACUAAGCAAGGAAGGUUUAUAAAUAUAUCUGUGGAUCGUAGUGAAGGACAAGAGGGAUCCUCUCACCUCUGCAGGAGUCUACCAUAUACCAUGCAGUUAUGAACAAGUCUACAUAGGGACCUCCAAACAUUGCGCCUAAACAGGAAUCAAGGAACAUGAAAGGCACUGCAGACUCAACCAGGGAAGUCAGCCAUAGCAGAGCACUUGAUGAACCAAUCUGGACACAGGAUAUUAUUUGAGAACACAGAAAUGCUGGACCACUCUACACAGACUACACAGAGAAGCCACUGAAAUCCACAAGCAUGUGGACAAUUUCAACAGAAAGGAGGAAACCAUGAAAAGCAACAAAAUCUGGCUACCAGUAUUAAAAAAAACCUCUAAAAUCAGAACAGUAAAUAAGGACCAACACUAUGAAAACGGGGGAAUUCCAGACAUGAAUCAAUCAGGGACAGGGCCAGCUCAACAAAGGAUUCCCCCAGGCACUAAGCAGCCAGACCUCAAAGCUGAAAGGCUAUUCAAUGCAAAUCAAGGUGACCAAUUGCAAUAUUCACACUGGCCUCCAUCUGACAAGAGUUCUUUCUCCAACCCUGGACCUUCCACAGAUAUAUAAACCUCCCCUGCUUAGUUUCCAAUAUACCUCACAAUCUCUGAGGAUGCCUGCCAUAGAUAUGGGUGAAACAUCAGGAGAUAAUGCUUCUGAAACAUGGCCAUCCAGCCCGGAAAACUCAGUGAUUUUGGUCAUGAAAGCAUUCGACAACACAUUUGUACAAUGAUUUCAUAGAGCUGGAAGAGACAGCAAAGCCCAAUCCCCUGGCAUGCAGGAAUACACAAUCAAAACACUCCUGAAGGAUGGUCAUCCAACCUCUGUUUAAAAGAGGAGGAUGUGCCACGUCACACAGAGGCCCCCAGUGUUGCUCUUCCCGUCAGGAAAUUCUUUAUCAUAUUUAGGUGGAAUCUUGUUUCCUGCAGUAUGUAUCCAUUGCUUCAUGUUCUAAUCUCUAGAACAGCAGCAAACAAGAUUGCUCCAUCCUUUCAAAUGUUUAAACAUGGCCAUCAUGUUUAGCCUUCUUUUCUUCAAGCUAAACAUACCCAACUCCCUAAGGUAUUCCUCAUAAGAUUGGGCUUCUAAACCUUUGAUUGUCUGGGUCACUUUUUAUUGGACACCUUCCAACAUAUCAAUAUAUUUCUUGAACUGUAGGGCUCAAAUUUGGGCAUAGGAUUCCAAGUGAAAUUUGACUAAAGUGGAAUCAAAUGGGACUAUGAAUGCCAUCAUUUAGACACUAUGCUACUGUUGAUGCAGCCUAGAACUGCAUUAGUUUUAAAGAUGAUACAUCAAACUGUUGACUCAUGUUCAGCAUGUGAUCUGCUAGGUUUUACAGAGUCUUUUCAUAUGUAGUUGUUUCAAGCCAGUUGCCACCCAUCCUGUACCUGUGCAUUUCAUAUUUUUCUACCCAAGUGAGGUAUCAUGCAAUUCUUUUUGUUGAAAUUAAUUGUUAGUUUGAGCCCAGCUCUCAUACCUGUUGAAGUCAUUUUGAAUUCUGAUCCUGUGUUUUGGGAUAUAAAUCUGAUAACUAUGUCACCUUGAGUCCCCAUGGGACUCAAGGCAGGGCAUAAAUAAAAAUAAUGAAUUAAUUAAUCAAUAUUCCAUUGUCCAAUUCAUUGAUCCAGAAACUGAAUAGCAGUGGACCUAUGGGAGAACCUAUGGCACUUCACUAGUCACUUCUCUUUAGAAUAAAGAGGAGCUAUUGGUGAGCACCCUUUGGGUUUGAUCAGUUAAUUAAUUUCAAAUCCAUUUAACAAUAGCAUUGUCUAGCCCACAGUGUACUAGCUUGUUUGCAAGAAUCUUGGUGUAUAUUGUUAAAUUCCUAACUUGAAAUCAGAAGUAUUCCCUUUCAUCUACCAAGUUUGCAACUCUAUCAAAGGAGAGAGGGGGGGGGGGAAUAAAAUUAAUCUGACUUGUUUUUGAGAAACCCCUGUUGAUUCGCCUCUAUCAUGACAUUCUUCUUAUUUUAGUAAUUGUGGCUAUGCGUCCAGAUCCAGUAUUUCCCUAAAUAAACUGAAAUCAGCUUUCUUACAGUCUAAAAUGCAUGUUUAUGAUUAUUUAUUUAUGACUGUUGUCUAACAAACUCAACAAGAAUAUGGUCAGUCCCACCUAAAGUUCUCACCACUUCCAUACCAUUAACCAGGUUAUCACUCUUGUUUCCUCUUCCACUUUCUGGACAAUAAAAUUUCUUGCAAAGGAUGCAUUUAAGUCAUAUAUCUCUUCACAGGUGUAAACAUCUUUGACAUAUAAUGUUACUACUAGUACUUUCAUUUUUUUUCUGUUUCUCUGAAAUAGAAUUGUUUUCACAUUCCAAGAAUGAGGCUCAUCCCACAAGGUUUCAGUAUUGCAUAGUACAGUAGAGUCUCACUUAUCCAACAUAAACGGGCUGGCAGAAUGUUGGAUAAGUGAAAAUGUUGGAUAAUAAGGAGGGGUUAAAGAAAAGGCUAUUAAACAUCAAAUUAUGUUACGAUUUUUCAAAUUAAGCAUGAAAACAUCAUGUUUUACAACAAAUUGACAGAAAACGCAGUUAAAUACACGGUAAUGUUAUGUAGUAAUUACUGCAUUUAUGAAUUUAGCACCAAAACAUUGCAAUGUAUUGAAAACAUUGACUACAAAAACAUUGACUACUAAAAGGCAGGCUGCAUUGGAUAAUACAGAAUGUUGGAUGAAUGAAGGUUGGAUAAGCGAGACUCUACUUAUAUCAUUUCUGCUUUUCUGUGUUAAGAGUUCAAGUUCACCUUGUUUAUUUCUGGUGCUCUGUACUUCAGUGUAGAGACACCAAAGCUGCAUUUUAAAAUAUUUCUCCCCUAUCCUUGGAUUCUUCCAAUUUUUACUUCAGUACAUUAAAAUCUCAUGGUGAAGGUAAUAGUCAAAUGGGAGCAAAUCCUUAUUUAAUAAAAUGCAGUAGCCUCUGCAUCUAGUAAAAACCCUAGGGAUUUAGUGGAUCCCAAAGAAAACCAAGAAGUUGUGUUGUGUCCUGUUUUAAAGAGUUUGUUUAGUGUGAUGGUUUCAGUGGAAGCUCUUUUUGUUUUUUCCUGUUUCUAUAUAAAGGGUGAUUUAUAACUUUUGAACCUUGAGAUAGUGUCAAACAGGGCAGCAGAAGAAAUACUAUCAGAAGCUGGAAAGAAAAGAGGAAAGACAGGAAGGAGGGAACACAUGCUGUUUGGGGGCGGUGGGCAGAGAGAAAGAGAAAGUUAAUUGGAGAGCCCUGGCCCCGCUUUGUAUCCUUGGGCAUCUCCUCUUAUGCAGAGAGACAGCCUGGAUGAGGCAGGUUUCAGGCCAUUCCAGAGAUGGGGGGACCUGCUCCUGGAUGAUGUGCCAUAUUUGAUGGCCCUCCGUACAUGCAGUGGUAACAUAUUUAUAUGAAAAAUAUAUUGCUGAUAUGCUAGAGAAAAAUAUGUACGUCCAGCAGGUAUUUCAUCAUUUAUUUAUUUUAAUUUCUCAUUUUCAAAGUCUACUGUCCUUCUCAUCAAUGGAAGUAAGCAAAUGGCAGUCUAUGGAUACAUUUCAAUGUACUGUAUGUGAAAUGUUAUAAACUACUGAUGUUUUGUUUCUUCUGUUUAUUUAUUGAUGAAUAUCUUUUGUGUCAUAUUUAAUAUGGGUGUUUUCACUUUCACUUUUAUGUAUUUUGCUUGAUAGUGGUUGUUUAUUUAAUUUAUAUUGUUUAUAUGUCUAUGAUUAUUUUUUUUACUGUCACAUUGUUGUAAGCCACUCCAAGUCCCUUCAGGGAGAGGGGUGGGAUAGAAAUAAAGCUAUUAUUAUUAUUUGAUUGAAAAGUAGACUAUAUGGAAGAAUAUAGAUGUUUUUGACAUAUCUACUGUGCUAUUUUGGAUUCUUUAUAAAAAUUAAACCAUUAAUUUAUUGUUUGUGUACUUGGGUGUUAUGGUCAUGUUACUGGUAAUUAAAUUAUGGUUGACAUCCUUUUAUUUACUUCUAGUUAGAGAAAAAACAUUCAAUCAGUUGUAGAAAUUAUACAUUUAUAGGUGAAUCCCAUUGAUUGAAUGGGUAUUUAUGCCUCUUCCAGCACCUUGAAGGUGAUGACAAUUUGAAUAAUCUUCCCCUCCCUGAUGAUUUUGACAAACUAGCACUUUGGCCCAGGUUUUUCUAGAUUUUAUCCAAGAUUUUAUCUUUUGUCCUUGAAUGUGAUUUUUAUGACUUGUUUUUAUUGUUAUUUGAUCUGUUUUAUUGCUUUGUUUUAUUGUUGUGGACUGGGCUUGGCCCCAUGUAAGCCACCCCGAGUCCCUUCGGGGAGAUGGGAGGGGUAUAAAAAUAAAAUUAUUAUUAUUAUAUUAUUAUAUUGAUUGAAUGAGCUAUUCUAGUUAGGAAAAAACAGGAUAUAGACAUAUGAGCAGACACGUUUGAAACAAAUAUGCUGUGAGGUAUUUUUGUAGCAUGGGGAAAAUGAUUAUCUUUACUGUAGUAAGUCACAUGAUUUCAGGAGCAUGAUGUCAGCAAGGCUCUUGACAUGUUUAUUAUUUAUUUAUUUAUUUAUUUACAGCAUUUAUAUUCCGCCCUUCUCACCCCGAAGGGGACUCAGGGCGGAUCACAUUGCACACAUAAAGGCAAACAUUCAAUGCCAUAACAUAGAACAGAGACAGAGACAAGACGCAGGCACAGGCUGGCCUUGAACUCAUGACCUCUUGGUCAGAGUGAUUUGUUGCAGCUGGCUUGCUUUCCAGCCUGCGCCACAGCCUGUGCUACAUACACAUUUGUUGUAUGUACUUGCUUGUACUGCUUACAUAUUAUGUAGAUUGGGUGAUGGGUGUAAUCAUACUAUAACCAUUCUGGCAUUGGCUUCCAUUUAGGGGGAUGCUGGAGAAUAGUACUUUUCUUUCAUUAGCUAGGAAGUAUUUAUCUAUGACUGGUAGAUUUGUGGCAUUCAGCUGCAAAAGGGAGGCAGUAACUGGUAAAUAGAUCCAAGGCCAUUUUAAUAAGAGAUCUGAUACGAGGAAAUAUCUGGAAUGUUUUGAUUGUAUGAGCUAAUGGGGGCGAGGAGCAACAAUGAUUACAUAAGAGCUGCUCACAUUGUGAUUGACAACUGGAAUGAAAGUCCAUUGAAUAUUUAAGUUGCUUUACCUAUACAUGUAUCAAAUUAUAGAAUAAUAGAGUUAUUAUAGAAUAAUAGACCACAUGGGCCAUCUGGUCCCCUGCCAUGCAGGAAAGCACCCUUGACAGAUGGCCAUCCAUCCUCUGUUUAAGAUCCUCCAAGGGAUUGAACAAUGUCUGUUGUGUGGAGAGAGUGAGAGUCAUUUUGUUAUCUUAAAUAAAGUUUCUACAUUUGGAGAGCUUUGUUUCUGGAACUGGAAAUUACUUCAUGUGGGAAGUGAGGUCAGUUGGGUAUUGUUUGGGUCACUUUGAGGGUUUGGGUGCACAUCAUUGCAAGUUAUGUUGUGACAUACAUCACAUUUCAUUUGCAAAAUAUUUAGUAGGUCCCACAUUUCAUAACAAUUUCAAGAGUAAUCAAUGGCAUCACUCAAUUUCUGGCAGAUUUCUAGUCAUAACAGAAAAGCUAUGGUUCAACCAAAGUUGAUUGAAGGAUUCACUAGUGAACAAGGCAAGCAAAAUAAAACUAUCAUAAAUUCACAGAGGCUAAAUGUAGGAGUGUUCUCUUGUUAAGGAAAAUUACGUGUGGUUUUCAAUGUCAGAACAAAGCAGUGGUGCCAGGAAAUUUCCAGCGUGACAUUCUCAUGAGAAGCUUCAGUGGGACAAAGCUAUUUGGAAAGUUUACUUAUGAAAGAGUAAUCACAAGUACAGAAGCCUUUCUGACCCCAAUGGAAAAGGACUUCUUAGAGCUAUUUCAAGAAUCCACCAAAUACAAAAUUUAGAUCAAGGACAACAUUCUUGAACUUCAAGAAGAGAAUUAUCUGAUAGCUAGAUUCAUCCUUCUCUUGAAAAUGUGAUUACAUACUUAUAUCAGAGGCACUUGUGAAGUAGGAGUUUUCAGCUUUCAAAGAUCUCUUUUCAGACCAUAUGGAAAAUACUUCCUUCCAUUAGGAAAACAAAACCAUACAUUCCUUAGAAGAACAUGUGAAGACAAUGAACUAACCAGUAGAUAAAUCUCUUCAGAGGUUGGAAAUGGUACUUUAUGGAAUUAACAGGAUCCAGAACCAAUCUCCAUGUUAGAAAGAUUUUAGAAGUUUUAGUUUUCCAAAGGCAUACCAUUGGGUGGAAUCAGAUGCGUAUACAAAAGAAAUCUAUGGUCAUAUGAAGAAUUUGGAAGAACUGUACUGAAAAUACUGUACCAAGACUUUUCUAAGUGUGAAAUCUCAUAAACUGAUAUUUGACACAGAAGUGCAAAAAAAGAGAAAGUACACUAGUACAAUCUUAACUGACUGACAGUACAAUUAUGAAUAGUGUAGCACUGAAGCACUUGUCCCUCUUAUAUGGAAAACAAGUGUACCCUUUGUUUAUAUUGUAUUUCUCAUACUUUGAGUGUGUCAGGAAUAGCAGCACAUUGCAACAGGGCAAAGUGUCUGAAUGGCUUCAUUAGCAUGACCAAAAGAAAACUAACACAAUAACAAUUUUUAAUGCUAUUGAAGUCAGUAAGAAUUUUCCUUCAAAAGAACCGGCCACAGUUAACCAGUACUGAUUCCCUGAUGUUGUUGAUUCAUUGGCCUCCUCCACUCUGCCCAAACAAAAAAGGACUUUUGAAGGCAUACUGUGCAAGUUCAGUCUAUAUCUUGGGCCUUAGAGAGGAGGAAAAGGAGCCAUGGUCCUUCGUGACUUUCUUGUAUCAUCUGGUGCUGAAACAACAAGGUGGUUUUAUGAUAUAAGCCACCUUCAAAUCUCUCCUGACCUCGGAUCCACAGCUUCUUUGAGUGUUUCAGACUUUUGACUUAAACAAAAAAUGUAUUUUUGUGAUAAAAUACUUGUGGCUCUUGAGAGAUGUGAAUGCCAACUCUAUAAAGCUAUAAGAGAUCACAGCAAGAGACUUCAAAAGUUCUUCUGUUGACAUUAAAAAGGAAUGCUGAAGGAGACAGAUACUAGAUCUCUAUGAGUGGACAACCCCCCUAUUAAAACAGCUCCACUAGCUGCCGAUAAGUUCCCGGUCCCAAUUAAAGGUGCUGGUUAUCACCUAUAAAGCCUUAAACAGUUUGAGUUCAGUCUAUCUUCAUGAUCACAUCUUCAACUAUGAACCUUCACAAACUGUCAGGGAGGCCCUUCUCGCUCCCACUGCUGUCACAAACAUGGUUGGUGGGGAUGAGAGAGAGGGCCUUCUCAGUGGUGACCCCGGGACUUUGGAACUCCCGAGAUAAAUAAGCUUAGCCCCUACCUUGGCCACUUUCCAGAAAGACCUGAAAACCUGGCUAUUCCAAUAUGACUUUGACUGAUCGGUUACAAUUUGACUUGCCCCUCUACCUCAUCCUUAAUACUGGACCUCUGCACCUUAUUAUCAGCCUCUUGUUCCUUUAGCCUUGAAGUAUAUUGCACAUGCUCUAUUAUGCCUGCCUUCAGCACUGAAUAUGCCCAUUGCGCUCAGCUAUUACUUAUCAACUGUUGAGUUAUGUUUUUAUGAUGUUUUAUGUUUUUAUGUGUUAGCGAUUGCAAUGUAUUUUAUGCUGAGAUAUUUUAUUGCUAUUACUGGGCUUGGUCUCCAUGUAAGCUGCCUCAAGUCCUGAGAUGGGGUGGGAUAUAAGAAUAAAGUUAUAUCAUCAUCAUCAUCACCAUCAUCAUCAUCAUCAUCAUCAUCAUCAUCAUCAUCAUCAUGUCUCCUUAUAGAGAGGAACAAGUAUGAUCAGUUGUGCACCUGUAUAGUGUCUUAAUCAUCCUUCACUGAAAUCUAUCCUACAUAACGUCCAGAAUUCCCAGCAGAAAUGACACAUUCAUUAGAAGCCUACUUACACCCUGCUUCCUCUUUAAGCUGUCUAUCAAAGUGCAGACAGAAGGCUGGGAGAAAGUGGUUGUGUAAUUAAAGAAGUCAUGACACAUAAUAUCGGGAAGUACCUUCAGAGGAAAUUACAGUUAAAACAAAUGGACAUUAGUGACACAAUAGGCAUUAGAGAGGGUAAAUAACAAAAACUAGAAUGUUACAAUAGGACUUCUCUGGGCACUGAGCUGGGCAUGGUACAUUUUAAAGACAAUACACCAGUAUCUCAAGGCUAGUUAAGACUUAGGUAAAAUAUAGAGAUUGCACACCUAUUUCUUUUGAAUAGGUUCAUUUACAUAUAACACUAUGUAACAAGAUUUUUGUUCCUAGGUUAUAAAUGUUAUUUCCUAAUUGAUUCCAUCAUUAAAACAUGAAGAAAGUUUAUUAAACUGCAAAAACUUUGUUUUUGCAGGACAUCAUGCAGCAAAUUUUGUUAUAUAUUUUUCAAUGAAUAUCUCAUCCAGUCUCAACCAAUUGAACAUAGUUUAUGGCAGCCAAAAAAACGAAGGUUCUGGAGUAUAACAACUACUUUCAAAGUAUGUACCACACAAUUAAACAAGAAUAACACUUUCAAACCAGGAACAGAAAAAAUUUCAAAUAUGGUUACAUAGUGUAAUCAUUGACUUACUGCAAAUCCUUUUAUAGUCUAUUUCAUUGUUAUAAUAAAAACAUGGUUCUCUUCAUUCUCUUUAAUUGGAAAACUCAUUCUCUUUGAUUGGAUGGUCAGGCCUCACUGAUUCACAGAAUAUAACCUUGUCGACCAAGUUAUGAAGCCAAAGGCCAGCUUUUGGAAGUCAGACUUCAGGGUCUAAUGUUUCAUCCCAAAUUUACCUUGUGGUAACACUUAUGCCUGAAAGAUACUCAUCAAGAAAGAGAAGCACAAUGUCCCUUAAUUUAUAUUACAGUGAAAGAGUAAGAGGAACUCUUUUUCUUCUCUUCUCUGCAUGAUAAUUUUUCAGUCUAGCUAUUGACAGAAGCAGAGAAACAUCGGAACUCCAUGUGAAUAAAUGGUUGAACAACGUAUUGAAAUAAUGCAGAGCAAAUAUGGAUUGAUCACCAAGUCCACACCUCUCAAUGCAAGGCCCACGGACCAAAUUUGACCUGGCACAUCAUUCUAUGUAACCCACAAGGCUUUCAAUGUGAGGGAAACAUAGUUACAUUUAUACCAUCUAACAAUUACAAACAGCCCUUUGAAGGCAACCAUAAGGCUGAUGUGGUUCUUGAAAAUGACUUUCACUCCCCUGAUGUAGUCCAUCUGUUAGAGUUGUUAGCUGUCAUUGCUAUCCUGUGAAGAUGUUUCCUAUGUAUUUCUCAGUGUUAUGGAAUGGGCUGGGGCAGUGGUUUUGUAUUUUGUGAAGCAAUGACACAUUAAUCAAUAAUAUCCAAGAAAAGGUUGGGUCAAGUUGGUAUUAUUUCUCAGUUUUCAGACUUUCAGAUACAAUCAACUAGCAUCUUAAAUCAGGCUACAUGAGAGAGCCUGACUUCUCAGUUCUGCAACAAUUGGAGACAGGGAAGGUACAAUUUUGGUUUUAUCACUAAUUUGCCAUCUCCAGUGGUAAAAGGAAACCACCUGUGGUCAAAAGAAAUAUUUAUUUGUUUUGCUGAGGCUGCAUAUAAGGGUUUAUUUGUUUUGCUAAGGCUACAUAUAAGGGUUUGGUAGCCACAAUUCUAUGAUUCAUUUCUGUAACUGCUUUUGUUGCUUCUUCUGGUGAAGAAAAUAGAUGGGUGGAAUUUCAAAUCAGAUGAAAUGACAUCGUUAUUUUUUUAAAAAAAUCUAUUAUACAUGACGACUUAUAGGGUCUGUAUACACUUAUUGGGAGGAUUGGUAACUGGACUUGAAGAGAUAUCAUGUCCAUAAUAUGCAUCUUUUAUCCAUUACUAAAUCAUAAAUGGUAUGGGAGAAAAUACAGACUCACUAACCAUUGGGAUUUUUCACUCUAAGAGCAAGCAAUACUACGUGUUGGAGGUAAAGUCAUAGCAAACUUCUUUCUUUUGUUUUUGAUUGUAUAUUAUGGAUGAUGCCUCUUCUUUUAUGUUUGCAAAUCCUAUUCUUUCUCUAUUAAUAAAUAACCCCUCUACUGAAUAGUGCAUCAUGUAGCCCAAUCUUUGAAAUGCCAUAAGUGAGGAGUCCAUACUUGCCUUGGUCCAAAUUUCCUCUAAUUUCUGUAGGGUAGAUGCCUUUUGAAAUCAGGAAUAUUAUUUCAAAUACUGGGGAAUCUUUUUAUGUAACAAGGAUAAAAGUGCCCAAUGAUUCAUCUCUAUAUAGGUAACAAAAAUGGAAAAAAUAGAUAUGAAUAAAACCCUGCUCCCCGUGGUUUUAUUCAUAUGUCUUUCUCACCGAGUUUUAACUUAAGUGUUCAUGUGGCCUACCCUGGUUUUUAUUGCUGUUUUUGAAUUUUGGGUUGUAAUGUAUGUUAUUAUUUAUUGUAUUGUUAAAUUGUGUUAUGAUAUGUUGUUUUAUAAUCUGUUAUAUUGUAUGGUUUUGGGCAUGGCCCCAUGUAAGCCGCCCCGAGUCCCCGUUGGGGAGAUGGUGGCGGGGUAUAAAUAAAGUAUUAUUAUUAUUAUUA